AUGGCCGAAGAGAAAGGCGAAGGGCCGGAGGAUGUUGAUACCAUUGGUGUUUAUGUAGGGGGUCGAAACAUUGACGGAGAGCGGCAUGGUGAAGGGUGGGCUGUUCUACCAAACGGAGACUUCUACCAGGGAUGUUAUUGUAGGGGGAUGAGAAGUGGCAAGGGUCUCUAUGUAUUCAAAAAUGGAGCGCGCUACGAAGGAGAAUGGCGUAAAGCAAUGAAGUAUGGUGUUGGUACAAUGACUUAUCCAGAUGGAUCUCGGUAUGAAGGAGACUGGAGGCAUGACCUAAAACAAGGUUUUGGAGCUUACUACUAUCCUAAUGGUGAUAUUUACGAAGGAGCAUGGUUUAAGGGCAAACGUCACGGUUUAGGAACAUACCUCUUUGCAGAAUAUCAGAUCAAAUUUAUGGGCACCUGGGUUGAAGGUGCUAUAGAAGGUCCAGGUCAAAUUAUAUACCCUCGAGUGAGAUAUCACGGGUCCUGGUUGAGAGGAAAGCCAAAAGGACCUGGAUGUUUUGUGUUUGAUACCAACUGUAUGCAACAUGGUUUCUAUUUGUUAAUGAAAGACCCAGCAUUAGAAGAAUUCGGCGAGGGUGAAGAAGAAAAAGAAGAUAAGGAAGUAAAAGAAGAAAGGCAAGAAGAGGGAGGGGAAGAGGAAGUUGAAAUAGACGAAACUAUGGGUAAGAUAUCCAUAUGGCGUGCACGGAAUGUGACAGCAUAUAUGGCUGAAUUUCUUCCACCUGAACCAGUGCCUCUACCAAUACACGACUCGAUACCUUCUCUCUCUGAAGAAAGUAUUGUAACUGAUAUUAUUCAGUUCGAGAUACCUUCAGUAGCUGCCGAAGAAGAAGGUGUUGAUGAUAGUGAUUCUUGGUUGAUGCAUAGACAACAAUUCCUCGAGGAAACUGAACAGAAAGGUUAA